AUUUUCUCCUCUGAGGACAUGAAAGUGGGAAAUCUCACCAUCCUGACUGAAUUCAUCUUGUUGGGCUUCACCUCAGAUCCCCAGUUGCAGCUGAUUCUAUUUGGAAUAUUUCUGAUGCUCUACUUGGUGACCCUGUCAGGGAACAUGACAUUGGUUAUCUUAAUCCGGACUGAUUCUCGCCUGCAUACACCCAUGUAUUUUUUCAUUGGCAGCCUAUCUUUCCUGGAUUUCUGGUACACAUCUGUGUAUACCCCCAAGAUCCUGGCCAUUUGCGUCUCUGAAGAUAAACAUAUGUCCUUGGCUGGAUGUGGUGCCCAGUUCUUUUUUUCCUGUGUUGUAGCCUACACUGAGUGCUAUCUCCUAGCAGCCAUGGCUUAUGACCAUUUUGUGGCAAUUUGUAGCCCAUUACUCUAUUCAGGUACCAUGACCAGGUCCCUCUGUACUGGCCUUGUUGGCUCAUAUUUCGGAGGUGUUUUGAAUGCCAUAGCCCACACUGCCAACACUUUCUGCCUGAAUUUCUGUGGUAAAAAUAUCAUUGACCAUUUCUUAUGUGAUGUCCCACCAUUGAUAAAAAUGUCCUGCACAGACACUCGGGUCUAUGAAAAAGUCCUCUUGGGUAUGGUGGGCUUCACAGUCCUCUCCAGCAUACUUGCCAUCCUGAUUUUCUACUUCAACAUCCUCCUGGCCAUCCUGGGGAUCCGUUCCACCUCUGGGAAGUGCAAGGCCUUCUCCACCUGUGCUUCCCACCUGAUCUCAGUCACUCUCUUCUAUGGGUCCUUGCUCUUCAUAUAUUCAAAACCUAGCUCCACUUAUUCUUUGGCAAGUGACAAGGUAGCUGCCCUGUUCUAUACUGUGUUGAAUCCACUGCUCAACCCUCUCAUCUACAGUGUAAGGAACAAAGAUGUCAAAGAGGCUUUCAGAAAAGCAAUACAUACUAUACAACAACAAAGAUGA